AUGGCAUACUCCUCAAGGCCAACCUCGAUGCUUCCAAGCGCCCCCGGUGGAUCUGCCAUGCGCCAACCCAGUGGUUCGCAAUCCUCUCAACAAUCUUCGGCGUUGUCGGCCCGCAUCGCAGCCAAAAAGGCUGAGCUGGAAAACUUACGGCAACUACGAGAUCUGAGUGGGACAUUGGCAAUCCAGAUGCAGGCUUUGGAGAAUAAGGUCUCCACACUGAAGGAUGGAACUGAAGCUGUUGCAUACGUGCUUUCCAAUUGGGAUAACGUGCUAAGAGCUAUUACCCUUGCCUCGACAGCAGCAAGCGGACUCCACAAACCUAUGGCAGAGUCAGACAGCAAGAAUGUGGAGAAUGUGCGCAAAGAACCUCGCUUGCCGUCAACGCUGGUUCGCAUUCCAGCUGAGCCACGUGAGAAGACUGGCGAAUGA